CUUUUCUCUCUUUUGGAUGCAUCAAAUUCUUUAUCUCUGAAGCAACAUCUUAUUUUAUUCUAAGAAUUGCAUUUGUCUGUGUUUCUUAUUCUCUAGCAACAUCAAAUUUCUAACAAUAAGCACCCGAACAGAAACUAGUUAAGCCAAUGAUAUUCCAAACCCACCAAAUUUCAAUUUGAACGGCAUUUUUUUUACAAGUUUAUCAUGGCAUGGAUUGGUGGAUUUUAAUUGUUCUUUCAGGUUAAUUGUGAAUAAUCAUACAAGAAAUAUGUAGUUUUUCUUUUGAUCAGCUUGAUUGUAGUUUCUCAUCUCAAUUUCUUAAGAAAGCUAUGAGUCUUAGAAAAUGGCAGUAUGAAAUGAUCUUUGCAACAAUCACGACACUAGAAAGUGAGAAAACAAGAAAUAGUAUAUUAUUCUUACGAUCACUCAAUCACUACUAUAUAUAUAUAUGAAUCGGAGUAAAAUAAUUGUUUGACAAGGCAAAUAGGAGGUGGGUUGACUUUAUUUGGCGUGGGGUGCAAGUGGGUUCUUGACCAACUUCACUGAAAAUGUUCCAGCUUGGAUGAUAUGUAUAUAUGGAUGACCGGAAUAGUCCACCAUUAUCCAGUCACUUCACUUUAGAGUAGAAACUCAAGGAGGAAAUGGAGAAGUUAAAUGAUGGUGUAGCAGACAAGGAUUUGAUCAAGUUUUUGUCAUGCCAAGAUUUAACUUCCAUAUGUACAAUUGAACAGGCUGAGAAGCUCAUUGAAUGUAUGGAUCAUAAAGCACUCGAGAUCUCGAAGAAGCUAGAAGCAAGAAAGCGGGAUGAAUACAGUAUAUACAGAAGAAGAAACGAUGAGUCUCUCAGAUGUGAGGUAGCUUAUGACAAGGACAAACUGGACUAUCUGCAACUAGCUCUUGACAAGCUGAGUUUCGCAAACAAUGCAUACUAUGACAGGCCUAUUAAAUCAUGCCUGUUUGAAGAUGAAGUUCAUUUUAAUAACUUGCAUUUCCUGUUGCUGCAUGGAAGCAAGAGUUUGGCUGAAGAGAAAAAACUCAUAAGAGAGACCAAGAAAGGCAAACAGAAAGGACCUGUUGGUUCAUGUUCGACCCUGGGAAUGCUUAAUGCUUCUAUUUGGGGGCUGAUUUGCCAAAGUUAUCACUGCUCCUACUCCAUUGAUGAAGUUCAGUACAGAAAAAUCAUUGAAGAGAUGAAUCAGUUAAAAUGUAUAAGGGAGAAAGCUAUUGCAAAUGCUGCUGUGAAGGGAAGGAUUUGGAACUCUUUGGGAUCAAAAGAAACAAUACAAGAUGAAGUCAAAGAAUCUAAAAUCGAACUUACUGGCAAGUUGGAUAGAUUAAGAGAGAAAGGUUUGGCAGUCAGGGCCAAAUUUAAGAAGUCAGAGGAAAGCCUGGAGGCAAUACAAAAAGAUAUAAAUUCUUUGCGGGAAAAAUUGAUGGAAGCAAACCGAAUAAAAAGAAGGGCUAACAGAUGCUUACUUAAACUAACGAAAGAACAGGAUUAGAAGAUGCAAUCACCUCUGUCAGAUAUACGAAGCUUCAAGUGAAGCGAAACAAAUGCAAUUCUUAGAAUAAGAUUUUAUUUUCUUGUUUGUUUAACCAGAAUGAAAAUUCCCACAAAGUUUAUGCUUACUUGCAAAAUUCCAGGCUACUAAAACAAAAGUAGUUUAAUGCUGUGAUUUUGUGAUUUUUUGUUUUUGAAAUUUCACUCAAUGGGUAAUCACCCUGGAUUUAUUCCAAGUCAA